AUGGAUCCGCCGGAUAUGCAAAAGUUUUUGUCGAAGCGAGAGGUUAUGUUCGCGAAAAUAAAGUGGGAGCUAUCCGUCGCGCAAUCGCUUCACACCCGGAACCCAUCGUACGGGGAAGUGCAUGAACGUCGGGAGAAGCUCACCGAACUUGCAGCAAAUUUCGAAGCCGUUCAAACGACGAUUGAGGAGAACAUUGCGAAUCUGGAGGAUGUGGCAUCGGUGUUCAACCACCGGCUCCGAUUUGAUGAGGUCUAUUUUCAAGUAAAAGACCUGUACACGGGUUACCUGGGAGAAAAUGAAGACCAGAUGUCCCAGCAAAGUGAAAGGAAUGAGUCGUUUAGUGAUCUGCGGGAUGCAAUCAAGGCACUUUUGGAAACGCAGCAGGCAAUGCUGGAUCGACAAAACCAGCCACCGCAGCAGCUGGCAGCGGGUGGUCAGGUGUGGAAUCAGGAACCCCAAGUGAAUGUGAAGCUACCGCAACUAAACAUUCCCAUUUUCCGAGGAGAGCGAACGGCGUGGAAUUCGUUUAAGGAUUUGUUUGUCAGCACGAUCCACAACAGGCAGGAUCUGAAAGCUUCCGUCAAGAUGCAGUAUUUGUUUUCCUAUUUGGACGGUGAAGCAAAGCGGAUGGUGAAUUCCUUCCCAAUCAGCGACACAACACUCGUGACGCACUACGAUAAGAAAAAAUACACGGUGUUUGCCCUCGUUCGUGAGUUCGUUGAUCAGCCAUCAGCUACCAACGCAAGCGGAUUGAAGAAACUGGUGGCUACUUCUGAUGAUACCAUCCGACAGUUAAAAGCUCUUGGCAACGAGUACGAAACACGGGAUCCUUGGCUCAUCCAUCUGCUGCUUGAGAAGGUGGACCGAGAGACGCGCUCACUGUGGGCGCAGAAAAUCAUUGACGAAGAAAAUCCGAAGUUCGCAGAUUUCAUCGAGUUCCUACAAAAACGCUGCGAUGCUCUGGAAACUUGUUCGGCGUUUUAUAGGAAGCUGGGAGAACCUGCGAAGAAGGAGAUUUCGAAGGCAACUGGAGCCGAGAAGAAGUUUCAAGCCUUUCAUGCUGGUGCUGCACAUGUGUCGUGUGCGAAGUGCAGCAUGGAUCACCCAACUUACCACUGCGAACAAUUCAGGGCCAUGGAUGUGGCGGCGCGUAGGGAAUUGGCACUUAAGUCGAAACUGUGCUUCAAUUGCUUGCGUCCAUCCCACACAGCGAAGCGGUGUCAGUCGAAGUCGGUAUGUCGCACUUCACAAUGCAACCAACGGCACCAUACAAUGCUAUGCCAGCGGGAAGUCAAGAAACCGGAUGAAAAGCAGGAAGAUGGUCAAGGAAGUUCGCAACCGGAACCGGAAUCGGAGGUCGCAUCGAUCUCUACCAACGUAGCGCAGACGGUGGCUGAAAACCACGGACCGUUUGCAUUCGCACUGCUACCAACGGUGGUGGCAAAACUUCGAGGAGGUGAUGGGAAGCUACACGACGUAAGAAUGCUAAUUGAUUGUGGUUCCCAGGCAUCUCUCAUCACGACAGCGUGUGCCAACCGCCUUGGGUUGAGGCGUAGCAACGCUUCUUUGGAGAUCACUGGUGUCAGCGGUGAAGUCGUCGGUACCACUGCCGGCAUUGUCACGCUGGUGAUUUCAUCGCGUUUCAACGAGGAAACUAAACUCACCACUCAAGCUUUUGUUCUUGGAAGGCUCACGGCAACCCUGCCGUGCCAGCGUUUCGACGUGGCAAGCAUGCCAUACUUGAAGGGUCUGCAACUAGCGGACCCCCACUUCAAUCAACCAAGCUCGGUUGAGGUCAUACUGGGAUCGGAUGUCUUCCUGUCCGUACUGCAAGCCGGCCAGGUCAAAGAUCCAAACGGUAUUCCUGUAGCACAACGUUCUAUCUUCGGGUGGAUGGUUGCAGGAAGAAUCUCGAAGCAAUGGUGUAUGCACACACAUCACUCGGCAAUCAAUCUUCACCAAGAUUUCGACAUCGAUCGCACCCUGCGAUUGUUCUGGGAAGAUCAGGAGCUUCGUCAAGUUAAGCAAUGGACAGAAGAGGAGCAAAGGGUCGUUGAUCAUUUUAACUCGACGCACACUCGCUCGAAAGAUGGACGCUUUAUCGUUCGAUUGCCAAUGAACGAUUCAAAGCAGCAACUUGGAGAUUCGCUGACCGCAGCAGUCCGUAGGCUACGCGCAAUGGAACGGAAGUUCGAGACCGACAGCAGCUUCAAGGAGAGAUACGUUGGAUUCAUGCAAGAGUAUCAGGAUUUGGGCCAUAUGGAGCUGAUUCCGGAAACGGAGAUUCUGGUUAAUUGCACGAAGUCAUAUUAUUUGCCGCAUCAUGGGGUCGUAAAGGAAGAUAGCACCACGACCAAACUCCGAGUUGUGUUCGAUGCAUCAUGUGCCACGACUUCUGGAGUCUCACUGAAUGAUUUGUUACUGGACGCCCCGAACAUUAACACUGAGAUAUUCGAUAUCAUGAUGGAGUUCAGGUUCUUCGAGGUGGUAUUUACGGCAGACGCAGUAAAAAUGUACCGUCAAGUACUUACGCACCCUGACAAUCGAGACUACCUACGUGUGGUAUGGAGAAGUUCGCCGGACAAGCCGAUACAACACUUCCGGCUUCGCACGGUGACAUAUGGACUCAAGAACUCUGGAUUUCUGGCCAUGGCGGCGCUCAAGACGGCAGCGGAAGAAUACAAAGGGAAGUAUCCUGAAGCAGCUGAACGGAUCAUGAAGAAUACAUACGUCGACGAUCUUACAUCGGGAGCAAAAUCGGAAGAAGAAGCCAUUCGUUUGAUCAAGGCGAUCAACGAGAUCAUAGAGAGUGCUGGAUUUACAUUACGGAAAUGGAGUUCCAAUUCGGCGGCGGUUCUGAAGUCGCUACCUGAAGUCAGCAUUACCGCAGUACAGAUACAGUUUCCGGAUGAACGCAAUUCGGUGAAAGCCCUGGGAAUUCAUUGGAUUCCGGACAUAGACGUCUUCACACUCAAGGUAAAUCUGCAGAUUGAUGGUCCCAAUACGAAGCACCAGCUAUUGUCGGAUUCCGCCAGGCUGUUCGAUCCAUUCGGGUGGUUUGCGCCGGUCAUCGUUCGAGCUAAAAUUCUAUUUCAACAUUGCUGGUUGUACGACCUAAACUGGCACGAUCCAUUACCUCCUGUCGUUGAAGAAAUGUGGGUCGAUUUGAAGGCAAACCUGCACCACCUGGAGAAGAUCAGGAUUCCAAGAUGCGCAGCGAAUUACGACAACCACAUCGAAUUACAUGGCUUUUCUGACGCUUCUGAGGAGGCGUACUCAGCGGUCGUGUAUCUCAGGUCCGUUGAUCGCAACGGUGAGGUUCACGUUAGUCUACUUGCAGCGAAAACCAAGGUCGCUCCUGUACGUCAGGUGUCUCUACCACGUCUCGAGCUCAACGCAGCUGAAUUACUUGCAAAGCUGCUGAAACAAGUUGCUGAACCUCUCAAACGCUUCCAGGUAGACCGGUUUGCCUGGACGGAUUUGACCAUAGUCCUGCAAUGGCUGUCAGGACAUCCGCGUAAAUGGAACACUUACGUGGCUAAUAGAACAUCUUCGAUACUUGAGAUUCUUCCACGUAAGCAUUGGGAUCAUGUUGCAUCGACUGAAAAUCCGGCGGAUUGUGCUUCCCGUGGGAUAUCUCCUACAGACCUAGUCGAUCAUCCUCUGUGGUGGACAGGACCGAAGUGGCUAGCGGAGGAUUCCGCAACCUGGAAACGAAGUGUCUUGUCCGAAGAACACGAUGAAGCUACACUGGAGGUACGUAAGCGAUUCCAAUUCCUAAACAUUUCUGUUAGCGUUCCAGUAACGACGUACGAAAUCGAGAAGCAAAUCCUCAAUAGUCGAUCGAGCUUCGGCGCAGCCUGCCGACAGUUGGCAUGCGUGAAGCGGUUUAUCUACAACCUGGGAUCGAAGGCAUUAACACGCUACGAGAAACGUUCUGGUCCUAUUCUGCCAUCCGAGUUGCAGGAGGCCAGGUUGCAGCUCGUCAGGCUGGCCCAGCACGAACACUACGAAGAAGAAGUCAAAUCGUUGGCAAAGGGGAGCGAAGUCCAUCCAAAAUCCAAGGUCUGCGACUUGUACCCAUUCCUUGAUGGUACCGGCACGAUCAGAGUCGGUGGACGCCUGCAGCAAUCAUCGUUUCCUUUCGAAGUCAAGCACCCAGUUAUUCUCCCGAAGAACCAUCGUCUUACGAGAUUGCUGGUGGAAGAGAUGCAUCUACGGAACUGUCACGCGGGCUCGACACUCUUGACAGCAACAAUCAACCAGACCUACUGGAUCCAAGGCUGCCAACAUGUCAUCAAGCAAGUGAUCCGGAAUUGCGUCAAGUGCUGCCGACAGAAAGCGAAGAUGUCGCAGCAAUUGAUGGGAAAUCUACCAGCGGCGCGCGUAACAGCAUGUCGACCGUUUAACCAUGUUGGAGUUGAUUAUGCCGGCCCGAUACUGGUACGAUGUAGCAAAACUCGCGGUGAACGUUGCUCGCAGGAAUAUAUCGUCGUUUUUGUGUGCCUCUCGAGCAAGGCAGUUCACUUGGAAGUCGCAGGUGACCUGUCUACGGAUACUUUCUUGGCAUCAUUCAAGCGGAUGAUUGCUCGCCGAGGAUACUGCAAUGAAAUCUGGUCGGACAACGGAACAAACCUGGUUGGUGCCGACCGAUACUUGAAGGAAAUCUAUGAAGUAACUGAAGCUCACAGCAAGAACACCGAACCGUUCUUCAGUAAUCUUGGCAUUCGUUGGAGGUUCAUCCCACCAUCCAGUCCACAUCAAGGUGGCAUUUGGGAAGCGGCCGUCAAAAGCGCGAAAAAGUUGCUGCGACCGGUCGUUGGAAACGAGAAGCUGACAUUUGAGGAACUAUCAACUGUACUCUGCCAAAUAGAAGCAUGUCUCAACUCGAGACCUCUCUGUCCGAUCUCCAGUUCGCCGGACAGUCUCGAAGCCCUCACUCCGGGGCACUUCUUGGUUGGGCAACCGCUAAAUUUACUGCCCGAACCUGAUGACACGCACCUCAAGGUGAACCAGUUGGACCAUUGGCAGAAAGUUCAAAGAUAUACCGUCGAGUUUUGGAACCGUUGGCGUGAUGAGUACAUCGCAACUCUGCAGCCACGAGGAAAGUGGAAAAACACUCGAGACAACAUCAAGCUGGACCAGCUCGUCUUGGUCAAAAACGACAACACUCCGCCGUCCGCUUGGGAAUUGACCCGGGUAUCCGCAGUUCAUCCCGACAAGCAUGGCUUAGUUCGCACUGUCACGUUGCGUCGAGGCAAAUCGCAAUAUCAGCGCCCAGUGCAGAAACUGUGUCCACUUCCGGAUUGA